GCGUGUUGUAUGAUUACACGUAUUUUUUUUUAUUCAGGAUAUGUCAAUAUUAAGAGAUUACAUAGCGUACACCAAAGAAAACAUACACCCAAAACUAAGCGAAGAGGCCCAACAAAAACUGAUACAGGCCUAUGUAGAUAUGAGAAAAAUAGGAUCUGGACGGGGCCAAAUCUCUGCUUAUCCAAGGCAACUGGAAUCUCUCAUACGAUUAUCAGAAGCUCAUGCUAAAGUGCGUUUUUCAAAUAUUGUCACAGUAGAAGAUGUCGACGAAGCUUACAGACUUCAUCGGGAAGCCCUAAAGCAAUCAGCUACAGAUCCUCUUUCUGGUAAAAUAGAUGUUGGAAUUUUAACUACUGGCUUAAGUAGUGCAGCACGUAAACGAAGAAUUGAAUUGGCAGAAGCUGUUAAGAAACUGAUCGAUUCUAAUAAAGGCAAAGUACCAGUGCUUCAGUUUCAAAAACUGUACCAAGAAUUAAGAGAAAAUUCUUCCUUGAAUAUAAUCCGUGAACAAUUUGAAGAUGCCCUAAAAGAUUUACAAGAUGACGGUCAUAUAAUCGUCAUGGGUAGAAACACGAUAAGGAUUUGUUAAAAUUUGUUCCUUUUGUUAUGUAAAAAACUAUAACAUUAGCACCAAUAACAAAUAAUGAGAUAAUUUA